AUGGCGGGCAUCGCGGCCAGGCUGGCCAGGGACCGCGAGGCGGCCCACGGGCUGGGCUCGCACGAGCGGGCCAUCAAGUACCUCAACCAGGACUACGAGACGCUGCGCAAUGCGUGCCUGGAGGCCGGGGCGCUCUUCCAGGACCCCUCCUUCCCCGCCCUGCCCUCGUCGCUGGGCUUCAAGGAGUUGGGGCCCUACUCCAGCAAAACUCGGGGCAUCGAGUGGAAGCGCCCCACGGAGAUCUGCGCUGAUCCCCAGUUUAUUGUUGGAGGAGCCACCCGCACAGACAUCUGCCAAGGAGCCCUGGGUGACUGCUGGCUGCUGGCUGCCAUUGCGUCCCUCACCUUGAAUGAAGAAAUCCUGGCUCGAGUUGUGCCCCUUGACCAGAGCUUCCAAGAAAACUACGCGGGGAUCUUCCACUUCCAGUUCUGGCAGUAUGGAGAGUGGGUGGAGGUCGUGGUGGAUGACAGGCUGCCCACCAAGGACGGGGAGCUGCUCUUUGUGCACUCAGCAGAGGGGAGCGAGUUCUGGAGUGCCCUGCUGGAGAAGGCCUACGCCAAAAUCAACGGCUGCUACGAAGCGCUGUCUGGGGGUGCCACCACCGAGGGCUUCGAGGACUUCACCGGAGGCAUUGCUGAGUGGUAUGAGUUGAGGAAACCUCCUCCCAACCUGUUCAAGAUCAUCCAGAAGGCUCUACAGAAGGGGUCUCUCCUUGGCUGCUCUAUCGAUAUCACCAGCGCCGCCGACUCGGAGGCCGUCACCUACCAGAAGCUGGUGAAAGGACACGCGUACUCCGUCACCGGAGCCGAGGAGGUAGAAAGUGCGGGAAGCCUGCAAAAACUGAUCCGCAUCCGCAACCCCUGGGGAGAAGUGGAGUGGACCGGAAAGUGGAAUGACAACUGCCCCAGCUGGAACACUGUGGAUCCAGAAGUGAGGGAAAACCUAACCAGGCGUCACGAGGAUGGGGAGUUCUGGAUGUCUUUCGGAGACUUCCUACGCCACUACUCCCGCCUGGAGAUUUGCAACCUGACCCCGGACACCCUCACCAGCGACUCCUACAAGAAGUGGAAGCUCACUAAGAUGGAUGGGAACUGGAGGCGGGGCUCCACCGCGGGGGGCUGCAGGAAUUUCCCAAAUACCUUCUGGAUGAACCCUCAGUACCUGAUCAAGCUGGAGGAGGAAGACGAGGACGAGGAGGACGGGGAGAGCGGCUGCACCUUCCUGGUGGGCCUCAUCCAGAAGCACCGGCGGCGGCAGAGGAAGAUGGGCGAAGACAUGCACACCAUUGGCUUUGGCAUCUACGAGGUUCCAGAGGAGCUAACUGGGCAGACCAAGAUCCACCUUGGCAAAAACUUCUUCCUCACGACCCGAGCCAGGGAGCGGUCGGACACCUUCAUCAACCUCCGGGAGGUGCUCAACCGCUUCAAGCUGCCCCCAGGGGAGUACAUCCUCGUGCCCUCCACCUUCGAACCCCACAAGGAUGGCGACUUCUGCAUCCGGGUCUUCUCAGAGAAGAAAGCCGAUUACCAAGCUGUCGAUGAUGAAAUUGAGGCCAACGUUGAAGAGAUUGACGUCAACGAAGAGGACAUAGAUGAUGGAUUCCGAAGGCUGUUUGCUCAGCUGGCAGGGGAGGAUACAGAAAUCUCUGCCUUUGAGCUACAGACCAUCUUGCGAAGAGUUCUAGCCAAGCGUCAAGAUAUCAAGUCAGAUGGCUUCAGCAUCGAGACCUGCAAAAUCAUGGUGGACAUGCUGGAUGAGGAUGGGAGUGGCAAGCUGGGGCUGAAGGAAUUCUACAUCCUCUGGACAAAGAUUCAGAAAUACCAGAAAAUUUACCGGGACAUCGACGUGGACAGGUCUGGAACCAUGAAUUCCUACGAGAUGCGGAAAGCACUGGAAGAAGCAGGUUUCAAGCUGCCCUGUCAACUCCACCAGGUCAUCGUCGCCCGGUUUGCAGAUGACGAGCUCAUCAUCGAUUUUGAUAACUUCGUUCGGUGUUUGGUUCGGCUGGAAACACUAUUCAAGAUAUUUAAACAGCUGGACCCUGAAGACACUGGAAUGAUACAGCUCGACCUUAUUUCUUGGCUCUGUUUCUCAGUACUCUGAAGUUAAAACUGAUCUGCCUGAAGACUCCUCCUGAGGACAAUCUAACUUCCAAACACCUAAUACCUGGACCUUGAAAUGACGGAGCAUUUAAACGGAUGACUACAUCUGAAACUAAUACUCCCCGAGAUGGCGAAACAUCACAUCAGAGCAAAGAUUUUCCUAUCAUUAUACUAAAUGCAAAUGAACUGUUUAACCCUUGAGAAAUUCAAACGAGCUCUUAAGUCUGUAAAUAGCAUAUAGUUUUUACUUUUGCACUUCCCUGUUCCUAGCAAUAUCAUGUCAGGAAGGCCUGCAGAGAGAGAGCAGCUGAGCAAACACAGAGUACAACCAAAGGCGACUAAGGCCUUGCUGGGAAUAUUUACAGCAACCUUUAAGUUAAAAAAAAAAAAAUGCAGCUGUGGCGUCUGCUACAGCAAUCCGAGGCAAACUUGGAAAUAGGAGGUAGUCUUACCAAAGAAUCUAAAGAAUCCAGGAGCCAGAAUGUCAGUGCCUAUCUGUAAUCCCAACACACUACUGGCUAGGAUAGGAGGCCAGCCAGGGUACCCAGCAAGACCCUAUCUCAAACAAAAAACGUUUAGGAAAGAAAAACAUUCUUCCAUCCCUCUAUCAUGUGGGUCUAAUGAGACCGGUUUUACUUAUUAGUAAGAGCAAAUCAUUCCAGCUCAGUAUUUGGCCUUACACACGUAGUCUUGGAAACAGUGAAGGAAUUCUACUCUUGACCAAGCGAAGUAGUGCACCAAAACCUGGCAUCCAGUUUGCCAACUGAUCAUGUCAAAGGACAAGCUGUGGGCCACCUCAGAACUAUCCACACGGUCACCACCGCAGGCAUGGAUGCAUCCAGUUAGGAAGGACAGGGCUCAGAAGCUCUUGUUAGAAGGACACAAGCUGGCUUUCUGGCUCGAAAUAGCCAGCAAUGUUAUAAAAAUCUUGCCUUCUUGCCUUACCUCCUUCCAAGUGUACUACUGUUAAGUAAAGAGCAACCAAUGCAAUCA